AUGUACGCGGCUAUCGUCAAGCAAGGGGCGCAGGGUGCUGCAGCCAGCACGCCAGGCAAGAUUGCCAAGCGAGACCACCCUGUUGCAUCUGGCGGGGAGCCGACGACACCCACAAAGCGCAGCAAGGCAGCAGAGGAGGAGUUGGGCGCUCCUCCCCCGCCCAAGCAGGAGGAGCAGAAGCAGCCGCAAGAGCAGACUCUGGAGCAGCAGGAGGAGAAGCAGCAGCCCGAGGCGAAGCAGGGGGAGCAGCAGGAGCAGGAGCAGCAGCAGCAGCCACAGCAGCACGACGCUGAUGGCGACACGGCAAUGGACGAGGGCACUGCAGGCGCUCCAUCCGCAGACGCCGCGCCCGGCGAGCCGCAGGGCGAGCAGCAAGACGCGAAGCCCAAGCGCGCCGCCAAGCCGCCCCACCCCACGUACGACGACGCCCAUACCGUGUUUGUGAGGGGCAUGGGCCGGGAGGUCACGGAGGCCGACCUGCGGCAGCUGUUUGCCGACGUGCCCGGGCUCAAGGACAUCCGCCUGGCGCUGGACCGCUACGACAAGUCCCCACGGGGCUUUGCAUAUGCCGAGUUUGAGGGCCUCGAGGGCGUGUGCGCGGCCGUGGCGCUCAGCGGCACCAGCAUCAAGGGCCGCUCGCUGCACAUCCUGAGGUCGCGGCCGCCGCGCGCGGCCGACGCGGCGGACCACACCGCCUUCAUCAAGGGGCUGGGCGAGGGCGUGGGGGAGGCGGAGCUGCGGCAGCUGCUGGGCGACGCGCCGGGCGGCAUCAGGGACGUGCGCCUGCCCAAGGACGAGACGGGGGCCUUCAAGGGUUUUGCUUAUGUCGAGUUUGAGACGGAUGAGGGCCUUCAGCACGCCGUGGCCAAGCAUGGGACCGAGGUCAAUGGGCAGCAGCUGCUCAUUGCCAAGUCAGCACCCCCCCGCGGCGGCGCGAGGGGCGGCCGCACGCACCAUGUGGCUGGCAGGCGCGGCGGCGGGCGGGGCAGAGGCGGCGGCGGUCGCGGCGCCGGCGGCGGCGGAGACGCGACCAUGGAGGAGGGCGGCGGCGGCGACGCGGGCGGCGCGGGCGACGAGGGCGGCGAGGGCGGCUGGAGCGUGCAAGGCGGGCGCGGACGCGGGCGCGGCGGCGCGAGGGGCCGCGGCCGCGGCAGGGGCGGCCGCAGCAUGGGGCUGCCGUACGUGCCCGUCAGCGGGGGGCGCGGCAGCGGGGGCCACCAGCGUGACGCGGUGCAGGUGGAGGGUGGGCACACGCGCGUGCGCAACCCGCGCGUGAUGCCGCGCGCGGCCGGCGGUGCGCAGCAGGGCGGGGCGGACGCGGUGGGCGGCGACGGCAAGGCCAAGUCCAAUGAUGAGUUCCGGCAGAUGCUGCUGGUGGAGGGCAAGUAA